UAUAUUUACAGUUUUAAUAGGAAAUCAGUCAUCUUUUUUAAUCUCAAACUUAUUUAAUUUCAAGAUUUUAAGAGAAACAUUGUUUGAUAUUCAUGCUUCUGGUAUAAGAAAACACAUACCGCAAUCUCUACUCCUCAAAUUCUACCUGCAAAUUCAGCUAUCUCUGAUUAGUGUAGUUACUGGAAUUGUGAUCAGCAGUUUGUAUCUAUUUCCGGUUAUAACUGUUUGGAAACUAACAGUAUUUUUCUAUCGAACAAUUAAACGAGGAUCAUCCAAGCUGGAAUUUCCAAGAGUUCAAAAAAUGAUUAUAGAGAACGUUCGAAGUUUUCCCGCGUCUCUAGAACCAGAGUUCAAUGUGGACCACAUUAGUCCUACGCCACAUGAAGUUAAUGCAAAAUUUAAUCAAAGUAAAGAAAGUAAUAGCUGCUCUUUAUCAGACGAAAAAAGGCCUUCUCGGAAUGGGAGAAAGCAUUCACGUUUACCUAAAGAUAAUGAAUCAUUUAAUGAAAAUUUUAAUGGUUAUGCGUCUGCCAGCCUUCCACCGAUGAAAUUUCAAGAUAACGGAGAGACAGCAGAGAAACGAAAGAAAAUAAAACGUCGAUACUGACGCUCAGGAACUUUAUAACACAAGUUGACUUUAUUCUCAAAUUGCCUUUAUAACUCAAGCUAACUGAA